GACGAACCAAAGGCAAAAUCCCACACCAACUCCCUCUCUCUCUCAUUCAUCUAAAUGGCCUCGUUCAACGCCAUCUCCUCCAGACGAUCAUCAAUGGCUUCCGCGUUGUGCAAGCUACCCACCCUCCUCCGCUGCAUGAGCAACGUCCCCGAGGACACCGUCUACGGGGGCCCCAAGCCCCAGUCGCCGGCGCAGCGCGUGACCCUCACGAGCCUCCGUCAGAAGCACCGCAAGGGCGAGCCCAUCACCGUCGUCACCGCCUACGAUUACCCCUCCGCCGUCCACCUCGACAUGGCCGGCAUCGACGUCUGCCUCGUCGGCGACUCGGCCGCCAUGGUGGUCCACGGCCACGACACCACCCUCCCCAUCUCCCUUGAUGAGAUGCUCGCCCACUGUCGCGCGGUGGCGCGGGGCGCCAAGAGGCCCCUGCUUGUCGGGGACUUGCCUUUCGGUAGCUACGAGUCGAGUUCGAAUCAGGCUGUUGAUACGGCAGUUCGGGUGUUGAAGGAAGGAGGAAUGGAUGCUAUUAAGUUGGAAGGAGGGUCACCUUCGAGAAUCACUGCUGCGAAGGCAAUAGUGGAAGCUGGGAUUGCGGUAAUGGGGCAUGUGGGGCUUACCCCUCAGGCAAUUAGUGUUCUUGGUGGAUUCAGGCCUCAGGGGAAGAAUAUUUCCAGUGCCGUCAAGGUUGUGGAGACUGCAUUAGCUUUGCAGGAAGCGGGCUGUUUUUCGGUUGUUUUGGAAUGUGUACCAGCACCAGUGGCUGCAGCAGCUACUUCAGCUCUUAGAAUUCCUACUAUCGGCAUUGGAGCUGGACCAUUCUGCAGUGGUCAGGUUCUGGUAUACCAUGAUCUGCUUGGAAUGCUCCAACACCCUCAUCAUGCCAAGGUCACGCCAAAAUUUUGCAAACACUAUGCGCAAGUUGGGGAUGUUAUCAACAAAGCUCUUCUUCAAUACAAGGAAGAAGUGACGAGCGGCUCGUUUCCUGGUCCUGCCCAUAGCCCCUAUGUAAUUGGUCCUACCGAUAUCAAUGGAUUCCUUAAAGAGUUGCAGAAUCUGGGUUUGGAGAAGGCAGCAUCAGCAGCAGCUGCUGCGGUUGAAAAGAGUGAUAAAUCGAAAUCUGGCGAUGGAGAGAAUGCCACAAAAUAAGCGAAUGGUGCCCGUGCUUAGGAGUUCAAAAAAGUUAGUUCCCCGUAUCAGCAGUCAUUAGAAGUGAAGGAAUAAGCCACAUCUUCUUGGAAGAGUUCAUUGUUUUUGUGGUUCUUCCCUUUUCCUUUUUAACUCCAUUUGGAGUGUCAUCUGAUGAAUAAUGACCACCAUUCUGGCCAAGAAAAAGAAACCAGGUUAUUGACUACUAUACUGUGAUAAGCCAUUCGCUGAUGACCUCUGUUGUUGCUGGGACGAUAACUGCUCAGGCCAUAAAGCCCGAGCGCGGUCCGAUGAGGUGGGAGAGCCUGCAAAAUAGGAAGUGCCCCGGGAAUCAGCUGUUGGAUUACCCUCCUACUUCCAAACUACCUCCUUCCUAAUCUGAAAUGAAGGGGUAUCUUUUUUGGGGUUGGGAGAAUAUCUUGCCUAUGGCUACUGUCUUCUUUUCUUUAUAUUACCCACUUAAGGCUUGAGCUGUCCAAUUUGAUGGGCUGAGUCCAUCACUAGGCUUAUGUGGCAACUGGGCCCAGUUCGGUGGCCUUGGACCAGCUAUAUCAACCAAGCAAACGGCGGAAGAAUCUCAUGUAUAAGCCAGACCCAGUUGAUAAUUCAGAUUUCAUACAACUGACUGAAUGAAGGUCUCUGACCCUUUGGGCAUUGACU